ACCUUUUUUUUUCUCUAUUAAAAAAAGAUAAAUAUCAACCCGGUUAUAUUAUAUAUUAUAUUAUAUAUAUAUUCUCAUCUGUAUACCAUUUUAGCAGUCUAUUUUUAGAAGCUAAAUUAGCCACAGAAUCUUAAUUCAACACAUCGUUAUUACACAAUCUCCAACAAUUCUUCUACAACGUCAGCUCCAAACCUAAGCCAAUAAACAACCAAAGCUCAACUCCCCGAUCUCCAACCAACUGAAAAUAAAAUAAAAACUUCCAGUCUCACCGGGCUUACCACGCGACUAAGCGUUUACAACCAACGGUUUACAACUCGCCACAUCACCCACUCCUGCGUUUAUCCACGACGGCAAUCACAGUUUGACUUGUCCACGGAAGUUAAUCCCCACCUCUAAUCAAAACAUACAUCUUUUAUUUCCCAAAUUACCCCCUCAAAACUCACAAAACAUAUAAAAGGCUGACCCCGUUCCCGUCAUUCACCAAAUUGGCGUUCCUUCAACACGCGCCCCCAUUUCUCAUCUUUUCAUUUAUCUUUCAGAUUAGUCCCUUUUUUCUCCCCCUUUUGCCUGAAUUUUGCUCUGUUCAACGCUUUCUCUUCCUUUCCCGAACAAUCUCCUCCAAUGGCGACUAGUUUGGUCCGACGAGCGUUUACAAGGGCUCAGUCAUCGAUUCCGGCCGCCAGGCUCGUCAUAACCCGAGCCCAUGCUUCGGAGGCUCAAGCCCAGAAGUCCGAACCCACGCGCACCCCGGGCACCAACAUGAAGACCUUUCAAAUCUACCGGUGGAACCCUAACAACCCCCAAAAGCCAGAGCUGAAAGAUUACCAGAUCGAUCUCAAAGAGUGUGGCCCCAUGGUCUUGGAUGCCCUAAUCAAGAUCAAGAACGAGAUUGAUCCUACCCUUACCUUCCGGAGGUCCUGCAGGGAAGGGAUCUGUGGGUCCUGCGCCAUGAAUAUUGACGGCUGUAACGGCUUGGCUUGCUUGACCAAAAUUGAAUCGGAUUCCACUCCCAGCACCAUCACCCCGCUGCCCCACAUGUUUGUGAUUAAGGAUUUGGUGGUGGAUAUGACCAAUUUUUACAACCAGUAUAAGUCGAUUGAGCCCUGGCUGAAGAGGAAGUCGCCGCCGGAGGUUCCUGGUAAGGAAAUCCUGCAGAGCAAGAGUGAUAGAGCUAAGCUGGAUGGGAUGUACGAAUGUAUUCUUUGUGCCUGCUGUAGUACUUCCUGCCCUAGUUACUGGUGGAAUCCUGAGAGUUAUCUCGGCCCUGCUGCUCUCCUUCACGCCAACAGAUGGAUCAUGGAUAGCCGAGAUGAAUACACCAAAGAGCGAUUGGAUGCAGUGAAUGAUGAGUUCAAGCUUUAUCGAUGCCAUACGAUUUUGAAUUGUGCAAGGGCUUGCCCAAAGGGACUUAAUCCAGGGAAGCAAAUUCAGAAUAUCAAGAAACUGGAGCUGCUUGGUGCUUGAAAUUUAGACAUGUACAGUGUCUGUACUCCGAUCUUUCCUGAGCCUAUUCUUAAGAACUCGGCAGAGUUUAUGAACAGAAUAAUUUAUGCAGUGCUGAUAAUCUGCUCUGUUUUCUUACUACAUAAACAGUGGGGUUUGGAACAAGCUUCCUGCACCCAUUCAUUUCAUUGAACUUUAUUUUUUUCCCCAAUAUGCUUUUUGCUCCCCUGUACCUGUAGAUAUCUUAUCAUGCAAUGCAACUGAUGAAGCCAUUAACAUUAUAGUUUUUCAUCUUUUCUUUUUGGGCAUGUUAGACAUGAAAUCUGGAAGGUACUGUUAAAUAUUUCCAACAAGAUCUUAAUCUUCAUUACUCUAUCGGGCUCAGAGAAGUCAUCUACUUGAUUACUGGACUAUUAUUCUGGGACAGGAGUAUUUAACUUGCACUUGAUUUAAUUUGACAAUCCACCUUCCUGAAGGUUGUCCCAUUUUUUCUUUUCCUAGCAAACUUGUACCCUGAUUGAAGAAACCUCAUAGUUUUAUCAUUUCUCUUAAUACCAGGGAGUAGUAUUUAGAAGAACCGAAUGGUGUAGUAUAAUACCUGUCAAAUGCGUUAAGACAUUGGGGUCGUUCUGCAGAUUCAUUUAUACCUC